GCACAGAAAAUGACAUUGUCAGUUUUCUCACGACCUGAACUUACUUUGCAUCCUGCUAUAAAAGUUUAUCUAACCGAUUUUAUGCAGUGAACCAUAACUUGGACCAUUAAUUUACAAGUUUCAUCAUUCUUCACAUUCCAGAGAAUUGGCAACGCUACAGCACUGCAUCACAGCACAAAUGACAGGGACCGUAUUAUAUUUUAAAUCUGACCUGAGCUCCAAAACUCUCAACCAUGAGUCCUUUCAAGUGUGUUUAUACCACUAUAUGAGUGAUAAGAAAAAACUGCACAUCGACUGGUAUUGAUAGUAUAAGAAGAGGCUUUUACAGGCUUUUGUUUCCGUAAUGACAAACUGUCAUACAUGUGACUCUCAUCAAACAAUUCUUAUAUCCGUCUUUCAAGCGAUUACCAGACUCCCAUAACACAGACGCAGCCUGUUCUGAAUUGUGACAAAAAUGCCUUUGUGUCAUUUGAAUUCGUCUACAGAUUUUUUCUGUCUUUCAACUUUAGAAAGCACAUUACUAUAAAAGAAACCAUCUGCAACACCCUAAAUACUCAUUUUGAAAACAAGUAUGCUAAAUUUAGCACCAACAUGGUCACUCAGAAUUAGAUUUAAAGCAAUAAAGGCAUUAGCAGUUUGAAAAAAACGAAUAUUGUGAUUAUUACAUAACCAAAGGCGAGACUAAUUUGGGUAGGGAUGUUUAUUGUUGUGGAUGUGAAAUCUCUUGUGUGCAUUUUUGUGUUUUAUUGCUGUUAAUAAUUUUCGAAUUGCCUUCGUAACCAAUUAAUGCUACACAUCUUCUGGCACUUACAGCUGUGUGAAUGGGGGGAAAAAGGCUGAUUUCUUCAUGCACUUAAACAGACAUGAAAAGCUUCCAUCUGAGCCACGGGGGUUUAAAAAUCUGAUUGUCUCGCUGCUGUGUAAUGUAGGCAGAAAUAGCUCUUGACUAUAGAAAGGCCUGCCUUGUGCUGGUGCAUGCUGGGCUUGUUUUCUGCGCUGCAAGCUGCACUUGUGUUAACUGUGUGUGUUUUUGCUGCAUGUGGUCUUGUAGUCAAUGGGUCAGUAAACAGUGCAGCUAGCUUUUCUCAGUCUUUACUAACUUUACUUAUCUGUCUUGUAAUGCUGCCACAUCCAGAGAGAGGACACCUCACAGCAGGUUUUCUGGACUCUCAGCCACUGAGAGAGGCUGAUGAAGAUCUGGUGUCAGAAGUCAACCUCAGCAUCUCCAUCAUGACGGAGGAGGAGAGAGAGGAGAUCCAGCAAGAACUGGCUAAACUGGAAGAGGAGAUCAGUACGUUGAGGCAGGUUUUGUCGUCCAAAGAGAAGCAACAUGCAGAUCUCAAACAGAAACUGGGCAUCACACCUCUGAGCGAACUCAAGAACAACAUCAGUAGAGGCUGGCAGGACAUGCAGAGCUCCACGGCGUACAAGAAGACAUCAGAGACACUGACCACAGCGGGUCAGAAAACCUCGGCAGCCUUCAGCACCCUCGGCAGCACCAUCACCAGGAAGUUUGGAGAUAUGAGGUCCAACUCCAUAGGCUACUCUAUCAGACACUCAAUGAGCAUGCCCACCAUGAGAAACUCUCCCAGCUUCAAGUCUUUUGAGGAGAAAGUUGAGAGCACAGUGACCACUAUCAAGACUAAGGUUGGGACUUCCGGGACCGGAGGAGGAAGCUUUGAGGAAGUCCUCUCCUCCGCAGCAAACGCCAGCUCUCAGGAGACGCCCACUAAUAACUUGAUGGACACAACCGAGAGACCAUGUUAGAGCUGCGUCCACGGCACGAGGAAGGACUCAAACAGGAACUUUCAUCGACGCAGCGCAAACCUACUC